ACGUCCGUGGAGCUGCCUCUUGGCCAGGACUCCCUUGAAAGUAAGGUUUGUGAUCUCAAUGGGACCUUCCUGGUUAAAUAAAGAAUAAAUAAAUAAAUAAACUCACUACUUCUUCAUGUAAACUCUAAACGAAACCCUUUAGUGCUCUUGGCUCAGCUGGAGACGAGGAACCCUCAGGUUGUGUUGUUCUUUACCUUUUCAGCUUCCAGCCCUCUGCUGAUAUCACACCUUGCUUUCCUUGUUGGCUCCAUGAGAUGCUGCCAUGCUGGAUUUGGCUUUUAGUGAGCCACCAGACAGAACUAAACAGGAGAAACCGUUGUUAGUAUUUUUGUAGAGCAUCCAUCUUCUAUUUAGUCUGUAGCUGGAAGAACAGAAGAGAACUCUGGUGAGCAAAGGUCCUCUUUUCCAGACUGGAUCUGUCCUCAGCUGAUCAGAACCAAAGCGUUGGAUCUUUAAUCUCCUGCGUUGUUCUGAAGCAGCAUCUUAAUCAGCUCUCCUGCUUUGUUUCUAUUGCAGCUGUUAGCUAAACACGGCUAAAGAAAACCUGCUACCACUUCAGGAUCAUCCAUCAGCUGGGACUGAUUCAUCGUGUGUUCUUCACCACCUGGACCUGGACAGCAUGGACACAGCUGUUAGCUAAACACGGCUAAAGAAAACCUGCUACCACUUCAGGAUCAUCCAUCAGCUGGGACUGAUUCAUCGUGUGUUCUUCACCACCUGGACCUGGACAGCAUGGACACAGGUAGGGCUGCCACCUUUCAGAUAUGUAAAUAAGUAAAUGAGUUGGAGAAGUGGUUUUUCUCUUAGACAGCUGUGUUAUUCACACAGGUGUGAAACAUCUGUAAACGCCAGAUCUGGUGCAGGAAAAUGGCUGAACAGGGAGUGGGGACACACUUUGCCUUCUGCGGAUAUUUUCAACAGAUGGUUCUGGUUAAAUAAGAAGCUUCAGAAGAACAGAGUGCUCGUGUCAACCACCAGCACCUAGAUUUUCUCCACAAAAAGGAGGAACAGGAGAAACUCUGGUCUAGAAUGGAGGGAGAGCAUCUCCAUUUGAAUAAGGAGACUGAUGCUGCCAGGCUUCAAUCCUUUAGCCAAAAAACACAUUUAAACAAACACACGAGAGUCCAGACAAAGCAGAAACAUUUUGCCUGUGAGCACUGUGGACAAAGGUUUCACAAAAAGACUAAUUUAACCACACACAUGAGCGUCCACACAGGAGAGAAGCCUUUUGCUUGUGAGCUCUGUGGAAAAAGAUUUAGUCAAAAGACACAUUUAAACAGUCACAUGAGAGUCCACACAGGAGAUAAGCCCUUUCCUUGUGAGCUCUGUGGAACGAGAUUUAGCCAAAAGUCAACUUUAAACAGUCACAUGAGAGUCCACACUGGAAAUAAGCCCUUUCCUUGUGAGCUCUGUGGAACGAGAUUUAGCCAAAAGUCAACUUUAAACAGUCACAUGAGAGUCCACACUGGACAGAUGCCUUUUGCUUGUGAGCUCUGUGGACAAAGAUUUAGCCGAAAGUCAACUUUAAACCGUCACAUGAGAGUCCACACAGGAGAGAAAUCUUUUGUCUGUGAGCUCUGUGGAACAAGAUUUAGCCGAAAGACAAACUUAACCACACACAUGAAAGUCCACACAGGAGAUGAGCCCUUUCCUUGUGAGCUCUGUGGAAAGAAAUUUAGCUUAAAGUCAACUUUAAACAGUCACAUGAAAGUCCACACAGGAGAUAAGCCCUUUCCUUGUGAGCUCUGUGGAAAGAAAUUUAGCUUAAAGUCAACUUUAAACAGUCACAUGAGAGUCCACACUGGAGAGAAGCCUUUCGCCUGUGAGCUCUGUGGUAAUAGAUUUAGUGAAAAGGGAAGUUUAAACAAACACAUGAAAGUCCACACAGGAGAGAAGCCUUUCGCCUGUGAGCUCUGUGGUAAUAGAUUUGGUGAAAAGGGAAGUUUAAACAAACACAUGAGAGUCCACACUGGAGAGAAGCCUUUUGCUUGUGAGCUCUGUGGACAAAGAUUUAGCCGAAAGUCAACUUUAAACAGUCACAUGAGAGUUCACACUGGAGAGAAGCCUUUCGCCUGUGAGCUGUGUGGUAAUAGAUUUAGUGAAAAGGGAAGUUUAAACACACACAUGAGAGUCCACACUGGAGAGAAGCCUUUCGCCUGUGAGCUCUGUGUUAAUAGAUUUAGUGAAAAGGGAAGUUUAAACAAACACAUGAGAGUCCACACUGGAGAGAAGCCCUUUCCUUGUGAGCUUUGUGAAAAGAAAUUUAGCUUAAAGUCAAAUUUAAACAGUCACAUGAGAGUCCACACUGGACAGAAGCCUUUUGCUUGUGAGCUCUGUGUAAAAAGAUUUAGCCAAAAGACACAUUUAAACAAACACAUGAGAGUCCACACUGGCUUUUCGCCUGUGAGUUCGGUGGAAAAGAUUUAACCCAAAAGAUCAGUUUAAACGGUCACAAAAGAGUCCAUAAAGGACAGAAGCCUUUUGCUUGUGAGCUCUGUGGACGAAGGUUUAGCUGAAAUAAAACUUUAAACAAUCAUCUAAGCAUCCACUAGGGCUGAACGAUCUAUUGCAGGGGUCUCCAACCUUUUUUGGCCCGUGAGCUACUUUUACACAAUGAAAGUACAGCAGAGUUACUGCCAUAUGAUUUAUUUACAUUGAUACUUUCCAUGUGUGAUUGUGCUUAUGUUAAACAUGCUAUGCUUACUAUAUUAACAUGCAUUGUACUCACUAGUUGAUUUCUCUGUAUUUCAGUACAUCAGUAUAUAUAUUAAAAGUAUAAGUAAACUAGUGACAUUCUGAAAACCAAAUUAAACAAAACAUAUUUAGUUUUUUAAACUAAUCGGAUACUUUCAGAUAAUGAAUAACAAAUCUACUUCAUGUGAAUGAUUUGGUCAUUUUUUUUAGAAGUUAAGUAACAUACCCUAAAUCCUCUAAUACAGGCCUGUAUUCAUUUAACGGCCGGGUCUCAUAUUUUGGCCGGAGUCGGCGGAGGUGAAUAAUGGCUGGUCUCUUAUUGUGGCCGGGUGGAAUGUGGUAACAAGCAAGUACGGGGGCGGUUGUGUCAUCGUCUCACUUUUGAUUUGCCAGUGAUAGACCGCGAGGGUAACUUUAACCGUGCGGAGACGAAGAGGAGGCGAAAAUUUGAUAUCAAGUUCAAAGAGAACGUGCGCUGCAGAACACUGGGGAGCAAUAGGGGUUGUAUGAACUAGUCGACUUCACUAUAGUGACUUUUUAUGUCUGUCAUUGACUAGUCGCUGUCACGUGAUAAUGACCGGCUAGAUGCAGCCCUCGGAAAAGACAGCAGCCUGCUGUCAGCAGGUGACAAGCUCCUGCUUUCUGGGGGGGUAACGCGCUGUGCCAGCGCGUCAGUACUGACACGCGAUCGUGGGUUUCGCUGCUGUGGAGCGGGGCGCAUCACCUUGUCCUCCGGUGACGCACCGAUCACUGAUGCGGCCGCCAAGCAGGGAGCACUCCGCUGUUUUUGCAGUCGGUAGAUCUGCGUCCUGAGCACGGCCACAGUAACGUUAUCAAAUCAGGUGUCGCCACCUCAAAAACUAAUUUAACACGCGAUCGUUCAUGUCGGUUCAUUUCCAUUAAUGUUUUCUGGUAGAUCUUUUAGAACUGCAGUUCAAAGGUAACUCAUAAGGUGAAUAUAUAUGAACCCAGGUAGCAGUUUCUCUUUAGGAUUGAGAGGAGAUGCAGGAAGAUAAUAAACAGGCAGGACAGAAAAAUAGUCAAAUAAAAACAAGUUAGUUUUUGUACCUGGUUGCAACAAACAGACACCAUUGAAGGUAAUCAGAAGUGAGGAACAGAAAAUGAAAUAAUUAUUUUAAUGUUUAGAGCAGCAGGAACUCCGAGAGGCUGCAAGCGCGUCAGUGAGUUCGCGUCCGCUGCGCAGGGGGAGGGGGGAGAGGGCUGAAGCAGAAACUACCAUUGUUAAAAGAAAUGUGUUUAACUUUGAAAAUGUGAGCGCAAUUUUAAUUGUCAAAAACUCCAGCGAACCAUUAGUUCAUUUUGCUCAAAUAGAAAUAGAAGCCUGCCUCUAAUACUGGCCCUCCUUCCAAUAAAGGCCUGGAGCUUGAUGAGCUUGAGUCAAAUACAGGCCUGGGCCUGUAUUAGAGGAUUUACAGUAACUUUUUAAGCGCACAGGAACAGCUAACCUGUAAAGCUGGUGAUAUUUUAAAUAAAAUACAAGCUAAAUGUGAUGAAAACACAAAAGUCUAAAUAGUUUGAAUUGAAGUAAAAAUUUAAAAUCAGAAAUAAGACUUGUUCCUGCUCUCCUGAUGUACUGAAUAAUUUUUAUGGGGUUUUUUUUUUUGGUCAUGAAAGUUAAGUUUUGCUGCGUUUAUUGCUGACAAUAUGAAGGUUGGAGGUUUAUCCUUUUUUCUGCAUCUUGUAGGUUUUUUUCUCCGCACGUCUCUAAAUAAAGUAAAAUUUUCUAGUGCAGAGUGGAGACAACCAAUAGAAGCACUGAUUUGAUCUCAUUUCAGAGAAAAAUAUAACAGGUUAGAUGCACCUAAUAAAUAAAAUUAUAACAAACUCAGGAAUCUGUUUCUUUGCUUCACUGUUCUGGUGCUGAGAAUAUCACUAAUGCGGAUCAAAGGAGAUCCACAGAUGAAUGCACCUCUUAGUAGGGCUGCUCGAUUAUGGCAAAAAUAAUAAUCACGAUUAUUGUGACUGAAAUUGAGAUCACGAUUAUUUAGGACGAUUUUUCUAUUCAUGUUGAUUUUAUUAAAUAAGAAACAAGAUGAUCACUAUAAUAACUCCUGAUUCCCAGUAUAAAAAGACCAAUAUACCAACACAUUCUCACACCCUAAGCGUCAGAAACAAACGCUUGGUCAGCCACCCUCCACGUCAGACCCCAGACGCCAAAAGUGCCCUUUUUCGUUACUUAUGUGCGAAAAGGGGGUUUUCCCUGCAUAUCCCAAUGCAGCGUAAAACUGACGUGAUUAGAUAUCCGCUGAUGCGGCACCGAACCAGCUCAUUUAACCGCACCUAAACCUUAACGUUUCACUAUUUAUAACCUUCCCCUCACCCUCAUCCUAACCUUAACCCUCAUUUAACCGAUGCGGCACCGAACCAGCUCGUUUAACCGCACCUAAACGUUAAAUGCGGCACCGAACCAGCUCGUUUAACCGCACCUAAACCUUAACGUUUCACUAUUUAUAACCUUCCCCUCACCCUCAUCCUAACCUUAACCCUCAUUUAACCGAUGCGGCACCGAACCAGCUCGUUUAACCGCACCUAUACGUUAAAUGCGGCACCGGACCAGCUCCGCACCGAACCAGCUCAUUGAACCUCACCUAAACCUUAACGUUUCACUAUUUAUAACCUUCCACUCUCCCUCAACCUAACCUUAACCCUCUUGCUACCUAAAACGUUACUCUCACUGUGAUCAAGCGUUUGUUUCGCAUGCAUUCUGACUGAUUGACAGUCAGUUUUCGUAUUUGCCGCCCAACGGGAACGUUAGAACAUACCAUCUGGCGAGGGGGAGGGUACACAUACCCUCUACUUUAAACCUCCACCGUGGUAGUUGAAACCUCCCCCUCGCGUUGGCUUGGUCCAAACUCGACCAAUGACGAGGCGGCUCCUGCCGUUCACUUUUACAGCCGUUACAGCCGGCUUUUAGAGCGAUCGACACAUCACUAACGCGUUCGCUAGCAAGAUGGUUAAGGUUAGGAUAGGGGUGAGGGGAAGGUUAAAUAAGAAGAUAAGGUUAAAUAAGAGGAUAAGGUUAAGGUGAUGUACAAUGAGCUUGUUUGGUGCCCUGGCUGCGGACAUCCAAUCACGUCAGUUUUACGCUGCAUUGGGAUCUGCAGUCAAAUAAGGGAAAAAACCCUUUUCGCACAUAACGAAAAAAGGCACUUUGGGCAUCAGGGGUCUGACGUGGAUGGUGGCUGACCAAGUGUUUGUUUUUGACGCGCUGUGAGUGAGAAUGUGUUGAAUAUACUUAUAGCUCAUAGUUUAUGACCCAAGGGCUAUAGACCUUGGUUUAACUCAUGUAAGUCUAACCAGUACAGACCCAAAUACCAAUAUCUUGCAAAUACUGACAGCAAGAAUUAUACAGUGGCAUUUAUAACAAAUAAAUGCAAAUAAAUUGAUGUUCACAAAAUGAUGCAUAACAUUUAUUGAGCCGUGUCAAGGUGCUGUAGGAGAGUGCACUAGCACCGUGUCCUCAGAGAGAUUAGUUAUUAUUUAUCAGCAUGAGGAAGUUAUUUCUACCUUAUUUAUAAACUAUGUAUUUACAAGUCCAUCAGUUAAUGUAAUAAUUGUCCCAACCACAGCUGCACCCCCCACCCCCCAACCCGGUCUCACAGCAAUCGGGACAAGCUGCACGUAUGUUUAACACGCCGCACGCGCACAUUUAGCCGUUUUUAGCGGCUCAGGAGUCCGCAGGUACGGUGUGUGUCACUCACUCUGGUUAAUCCAACAGGGAGCCGGCUCCGAGAGCUGUUUCUUUAGCGACUGACACAUCACUGCAUCAUUCCGUUUCAGGGUCCGAAAUUAAAUUUUUUACUCACCGGCCAAGUUGGCUGGUAGAUGAUGAAAAUCUACCGGCCAAGCAUAUUUUUUACCGGCCAAAAUUCUAAAUGAUUUAGAUCUACCUAAAGCAUGUAAUUCUAUAUUAUGUUGAUUCCAAACAGAGUGACAAAAUAAUUAAAACAUCAAUUAAUAAAAAAAACAACUCUUUUGUCAUUUUUACUAUUUAUUUAUUUUUAGAGAUGUUUUCAUGAACUCUUUCAUUGAAAUCUAGUCAGACUCCUUGUUUUUUCUGUCCAUGAAGUCUGGCCUCCUGCUUCUGACACCGUCUGUGGGCCAAAGCAUUACAGCCUCAUUUGGGUCAUAGUCCUUGAUCUCUGGAGAACACAGCUGCACCAUGAGAAUAUCUGAAAGUCACGGUAACCGGUGUAGCGGUAAACCCCGGUAAAGAAGUUUACAAUAAUAAUAACCGUCUUGUUUAAAAAAAAAUUAUUUCAGUGGAUUACCGUGGCUGCGGUGUAGGCGCGGUGACCCUUACCAGCCACCGUAUCAUCUGCUGGAAGUUGCCGGCGGCACAUGCGCACUUUGUUGUUUACGACCAAAACUUUCUUUCAGCUAAAGCUGAAAUAAUGGCCAGAGGAGACUGUAGCACUUGGGACAUUUAUUAUCCCUCAAAGAAGACAAAGUGGGAAGUAUGGGCAUUAUUUGGACAUUUGAAGAAUGCAGAGGGACAGUUGUCUGUGAAAGGCAGCAACGCUACGUGGCCAUCAUAAUGUAGCCAUUGUCUCACGACUCCGCCAUCUCCGGUUCGCCACUUUUCACAAAAUCUUCUGGUUGCCACUGGUCCUGGUGGUUUUUCUUCCAGCUCGACGAGUUUUCUUUUGGAAGGCUGGCUGACUCCAGUUAAAAAUCGCCACAUUUCACCGCUAGUUUUAACACGAAGCUAACUGCUAACUUGAUAAACUGAUUGAAUGGGAUAGGUGGAAAUGACGUUGGAUGCUGCGUUCACGUAUCGCGUACGUUUGUGUACGUUGCAUGCAGGCGGGAGGAGUAUCACAAAUCCAUGGAAGAUGACUGAUAAACAUAACUAAUUUGAUGCAAACAUUUACUCGCGAGGUGGCAGGUAGAGCAAAAAAAUGUACUCGCCAAAUGGAGCAAUUUACUCGCAUUUGGCGAGUGUUAAUUUCGGACCCUGUUCCCUUUCCUAAUGUCCUGAAGAACGGUCCGGAGCGCAGGCGGAGAGUUUAGCUAACCUGCAGGAAACAUUGACGACAGUUAUCCAGAAAGUAGCUAAGGGUUACCAGAGAUGUUUCUGAGGUGUUCGUUAGGUACUUUUAAGAUUUAAAAAGUCAAGAAGGGGGUCUGAGAAGCUGUUAGAAAUAGCGUCAAAGUCGCCAAGUUGGCAACACCCUAGGAGGAGCGCUUCAUCUGCAACUCAGGGCAGCGCAAGUGGGAGGAGCAAAUAAUCGGCUUGUUUUGUUUUUUAUAAUCUUUCAAAACUCAGAUCGAAAUCGUGAUUAAAAUUCGAUUAAUUGAGCAGCCCUACCUCUUAUUUAUUAUUUGGAGACUACAUUUACUGCAGCUGGCAGAGGCAGAGAUUUUUUCUAUUGAUACACGGAAUUUACAGAAUCAUUUUAAAUGUUAAUAGGGGAAGACUGCAGGAGGGAGCGGUAAAAUACAGGGGGUCCCCAGCAAAAACAAACUACGAGCCUCAUGAAACCCGCUGGUUUUCCAUCAGGCAGUCACGGGGCAGCUCCAACGACCCAGUGGCUGUGCUGGGUCAAUGUUAUCGAGCUCAGUCCGGCUCGGCCGUGAGCGAGCUGAGGCGACGUCGUGCUCUGCUUAAGAAGAGGUGUUAUUUUCCCGCUUCAGAAGAAGCGUUCAACGUGUUUUUACACUUUCUCUGAGACUUGUCAUGUCGCUAAGUUGUUAGCGCCGUGCGCUAACACGUCAAUAGUGCAGCGUAGCCUGCUGGAGGUUUUAAGGGUUCAGAUGAAAACACCCGACCUCUCAGGCUGCUCACACAUCGAUCUUAAGUUGUCGCUGUUGCGCUCACAUCGUAAUACAGUAUUAGAUGCGGUUAAAGUCAGACAUGAAAAAAUAAAUACAUUUUACAUGAAUAAGUGAUGAUUAUCCUGGUGGGGGGAGGAAAUCCUGUCAAGAUCGUCAACGCCCGUUUAUCUUAAUGCUAUUGAAACAUGUAAACCAAAAAGCAUUAUAUCCACUGCUACCUUUAUGCUGUAACUUCACCCUGCCCUGCCUGCUCCUCCUUGCUGCCUGCCGGCUGUGAUCACAAGCGACAACAUAAUAGUUCCCGCUGCUUCCUCGUGAAACGGCUAAAAAAAAUCAAAACUUGGGAUCUUGUAGGCGUGGCGGUGGGAUUUCAGCCGUGGCGGGCUGCCACGGCUACGCCUAUGUAAGGGAAACCCUGGUGCAGUUACUGUGUAAAGCAGUAUUUACGAGGAAUGAUUAAUAAAAAUAAAAACUAGAGUUGAACCUGAGUUACAUGGUAAUAACAAUUUAAGACCUCAGAAACAAUAAUAUACUAACUUACUAAGUAAUUACCAUGUAAGUACUAAGUAAUUAGAGGACUGUAAAAGAAAGCGCUACCAUUGUACUUAAUAUGCUUUUAUGUUUGUUUGCUAUGUUCUGUGUCAAUAUUCUUUGAUUUUAUUUUACACAACAUGAUGUGACAUUUUAACUAUUUCAUUUCACUUGUGAUUGUUUUAACUAUGUGAAGCACAUUGGGCUACCGUUUUGUGUAUGAAAUGGGCUAUAUAAUAAACUUGACUUGAGAGAGA